AUGAAAAGGGCUUUAGAGGCCUGUAUGCCAACAACAGUUCACCGCUGGUGUAUUUGGCACAUCAUGAAAAAGAUUCCAAGCAAAUUAAACGGGUACAAGGGACAUGCCGAUAUCGAACAAGAAAUGAGCCAUGUUGUUUGGAACUCUCAUAGCAAAGACUCAUUCGAUAGGAAUUGGAACGAUUUUCUGCUGAAUUUUGGUCUUGCGGACAACAAGUGGCUUUCAGAUCUGUACGAAGACCGUCACAUAUGGGUUCCUAUCUAUCUGGAUCACCACUUCUGGGCAGGGAUGAGAAGCACACAAAGGAGCGAGAGCAUGCAUUCAUUUUUUAACAAGUACAUCACCCGGAACAGCUCGCUUAUUCAGUUCGUCAAGCAAUACGAUAAUUGCCUCGGAAGCAGGGAGCAAGCUGAGAGAGAAUCAGAUGCUGCAGAUUUUCAUACGGUCAUACCAUGUGCAACCAAAUCCUCCAUUGAACCUCAGUUUCAAGAUGCAUACACUCAUGCAAAGUUUAGGGAAGUCCAAGCGCAAUUCAGAGGAAAGGCGAAUUGCAUCACCAGAUUAAAGAAUUCCGCUCUAGGCUAUUCAAUAUACGAAGUCGGAGAACAAGUUUCCAGCUCAAUAUUCAACAAGUUCGUAGUUACCUACGACUCAGUUGCAGCCAAGUACAUGUAA